CCGAGCGCUGAGCAGGAGCGAUACAAGAUGGCGCAGGCAAUAUUUGAAGUGCUUGAAGGCAUGGACAACCAAACUGUGUUGGCGGUUCAGUCUCUGCUGGACGGCCAAGGAGGAGUUCCUGAUCCAAACAACCAAAACGUCUCUGGAACACCCACUAUCCAGUCAAUGGACGAUGAAGACGUGUUCCUCUGUGGGAAGUGUAAGAAACAGUUUAACUCUCUGCCAGCCUUCAUGACCCACAAGAGGGAGCAGUGCCAGUCGAACACCCCCUCCCUGUCCACAGUGUCCUUGGCGUCCACCAAUGCCUACACAGCCGUCCCACCAAUCAGCUCCGUACCACAGACUCCUGCCAACAGACAGGUAUCCACUUACAUCACAGUCCCUCCAUCCCCUUUGACGCACACCCUGGUCCAAGGCAAUGUGCUGGUCAGUGACGACGUUCUAAUGUCGGCUAUCUCAGCCUUCACUUCUAUUGACCAGCCCAUGGCCACCAUGCAGACACCUAUACAGAGCAACUUAAGCAUGCACACAGCUGGUGUAUCCUACCUUCAGCACCAUCACCACCACCACCACCACCACCAUCAUCAUCAUCAUCAACAGCAGCAGCAGCAGCAGCAGCAGCAGCAGCAGCAACAGCAGCAGUCCUCCCACCCAUUGCCUUCCAGCCAGGCACCAGCACACCCCCUACCAGCUGGACAGCAGCCACUAUCUUCACAGGUCCCAGCAAACCACAGCAACUCAGUGGUGCAGGUGUACAGCACACUGCCCCAUAUGGCCGGGGGUGGUGGUGCUGAGAUCCACACCCUGGGUCUGCAACCUUUCCAUCCUGUACAAGUGCCCAGUCAGUGUGUGGAGAGUCAGUCAUUCACUACCCCUCCUGUCUACAGCCCCGGCAAACAAAGCACCAAAACAAAGACCUGCAGCGUCACCACCAACAUGACAGAACUGGGUGACUUUGAAAAGGUCAUCAUUCCCAAAAGACCAAGGAACAGCAAAAAAAACUCAGAUGGAGCCACAGCAGAGCAUCUGAAGGGAAAAGGCCCCAAACUAAAGUGUAAUUUCUGUGACAAAAUCUUCUCGAAAAACUUUGAUCUUCAGCAGCACAUUAGAAGCCACACAGGAGAGAAGCCAUUUCAGUGUAUCGUCUGUGGCCGCGCCUUUGCCCAGAAGUCCAAUGUGAAGAAACACAUGCAGACACACAAGGUGUGGCCUAUGAGUGUGGCCAGCACAGUGUCAAGACUACCAAUCACAGUAAAGGUGGUGCCGGUGUCAUCCACUGAGGAAGAAGGGGACGGGGAGCAGCAGCAAGUUCAACAGGAUGAGGAGGGACCACAGCAGCAGAGCGAUCAACAAGCAGAAGCAGAAGAAGAGUCGGCACAGACAGCAGCACCAGGGGAUUUGGAGGAGAGUGUGACUGAGGCUCAGGCUGAUCUGGAGGGAAGCCAAGACGGAGACAUGCAGAAUGGCCAUCCUCAGGUCCAAAUGCAGGUGCAGUCCAACCAGAACCAACAGUGUCAAACUCAAACCAAGCAGAUCGUUGUGAUAGACAGCUCCUACCAAUGCCAGUUUUGCGCCAGCAAGUUCAAGACGUACUUCCAGCUCAAGUCCCACCUGACCCAGCACAAAGGGGAGCAGGUUUAUAAGUGUGUGUUAAAGUCCUGCUCUCAGACCUUCCAGAAGUUGGAUCAGUUUUUGGAACACAUCCGGACGCACCAAGAGCAGCUGACCUACCGCUGCCACCUCUGCAGCAAAGUGUUCCCCUCACUGUUUGAACUGGGAGUCCACCAGUACUCCCACUGUUUCUGCCCACAGCAGAGCACACGCAAGGAAACAACGAUCUAUAGGUGUGUGAAAUGUCAGAGCAGAUAUUCUACCCAGGAAGCACUGGAGCAACAUCUACUGACUGCCUCACACAGCUUUCCCUGCCCCCACUGUCAAAAGGUAUUCCCGUGUGAAAGAUAUUUCAGACGCCACCUCCCCACUCAUGGCGUUGGAGGGAGGUUCAAGUGCCAGAUCUGCAAGAAGGCCUUUAAGACUGAGCACUACCUCAAACUGCACACACGUAUUCACUCAGGUGAAAAGCCUUACAAAUGUUCCCUCUGUGAGGCGACAUUCAACAGGAAAGACAAAGUGAAACGGCACAUGCUCAUCCACGAACCCUUUAAGAAAUACAAGUGUCCCUUCAGGACACAUGUAGGCUGCACCAAAGAAUUCAACAGACCAGACAAACUCAAGGCCCACAUCCUGUCACAUUCUGGUAUCAAACCCUACAAGUGUCUGUUUUGUCAGAAGGUGUUCAGCCGCAGGGCUCACAUGCUCGAGCAUCAGCAGUCCCACACAGACAACUACCGCUUCAGGUGUUCCACCUGCAACAAGGGAUUUACCAGACAGAGCUAUUACAGAGAUCACAAAUGUCCCGCAGCAGGAGAUGGAACAGGAACUGAACAAAGGACAGGAGAGACAGAGGGAAACGAGGUUACAGGAGUCCUGAGGGCUGAGGAGAAGGAUGGAGAAGAUGACGGGAGAAGAAGCAGGUUCAUGAGAAAAGCAAAAAGGGCACGGAUUGGGGGAGAUAAUGGAGAGGGGGAUGACAGCUCAAACGGCAGCCAACAGCAAGUGGAAACACAUGAGGAGGAGGAGGAAGAGGAGGAGGAGGAAGGGAGGGAGACUGACGAGGGUUGUCAGGCUGCACUAUCUAUUACUACAAUUGAAGAGCAGAUGGAAAGAGAAGAGGAGGAGGAUGACAGGGUGGAACAUGGCAACGAGGCCCUGGAACAGAUUCGGAGCAAUGACCAAAACUGUUUGCGGCAGCCAUGUUUGUAGCCUUAGGAAGGUUUUCUGGAUAUGGACCAACUAAAAAAACUCAACUCAAAAAGAAUCUGCAAAUUUAUUUUAUUACUUGUUUUAAAUUAAAACGUUAUUUAAAUUAUUCACACUGCUUUUACUUAUUUAACUAAGUGAAAACGAUGUGGGAGAGAUGUUACCUGUUGCAUCUGUACUGUCCAGACUACCAGGAGACCAUUUCCAUGUUCUUGUGUACAAAUUUUGUGCAAGUUCAGCAACAGUGAUUCAUUUAAGCUGAUGUCAAAAGCAGUGACAGCAUUUUUUCUAAUUUUAAUGCAGUAAAAAUUAAAUUAUCAUAAGUUUA